AUGUGCCUUUACGAUUUUCACAGAGACGAUAUAUUUGAAACUAAAAGAAUAUUGGAAAAAGUGACACCUGCGAUUGACAAAUGUGAUGAACAAGUGAACAAUUUUUCAUCAUCAUAUUACAAAAAAUUUUUAACAAUAGAAGAAGCUAACGAAGAAUUUGAAAGAUGCCAAUCAAGAAUUAAAAGAAAGAAAGAAAAAUUAAGUUCUAACGAUAAAAUAGUUAUAUACACAGAUGGUUCUCACAAAAAUAACCAAAAAGGAUCUUAUGCUAGUAUUGGAGUUUAUCAUGAAGAUGAAAGUAAAGAAAUCACUAAACCUUUAUCUGGAGAUUUACAAACUAAUAAUCGUGCAGAAUUAUAUGUAGUGAUUCGCGCGUUAGAAACAUGUGAGGAUCAAUAUAGAAGACCUGGACAGGUAUAUUUUACACAUGUUUUUGGACAUAAAGGUGUAACCAGAAAUGAAUUAGCUAACAAAUUAGCUAAACAAGGUGCUAUAAUUAAAAUAAAUGAGA